CCCCCGUCAUCUUUGACCCUACGUCACCAUGCAGUCUGAGUAGGGAGGCUAGCUAAAGCUGAUGGAUCCCAUUGGUCGCUUUCGUCAGUGUAAACAUGUAGCCGUGUCACCGGUAUAAUCGUGUUGCUAUUAAGCUAGGUUUCCAGAACUCGUUUGUCAUUUGUCCGAACAAUGAUGAGUAUGUCGCUUAAAAUACCAUUUUCAGAAACAGGGCAGCGUAAUGUUUUCUUGAUAACUAGCUAGCUAACAGUGAAUAGCUAACUAUCGGGCCGUCUUUGCAUGAAGCUGGCCUUGCUAAUUAGACAGCUAGCUUCCAGUUGGCAGCCACGGAAAACAGGCUAAAUCGAGGUUAGCCAGACAAAAGAAGAUGGCAAGUAUUUUAAUCUAACAAGGAGUCACUAACUCAAGAAGUGGAAGAAAAAAAUGAAGAACUCGAGACGUGUUGGUGCCUCGUCACCUGUGAAUAACGACUGGGACACCAGACGGAAGAGGAAGAUUGCGGACAUUACACAGGCCCUUAGCAUGAAUCCAGUGGAUGUGGCAGCUUUGAGGAGGAUGGCUAUCAGUGAGGGAGGACUGCUGACCGAUGAGAUACGAUGCCAGGUCUGGCCUCGGCUUCUCAACGUUCCUCUUCACGUACUGGAUCAAGAGCCAGAAACGGUAGAGAGGGAGAAUAAUAAGGACUACAACCAGGUCUUGCUGGAUGUCCAGCGCUCACUGCGGAGGUUCCCCCCUGGUAUGCCAGAUGAGCAGAGGGAGGGUCUUCAGGAAGAGCUUAUUGACAUUAUCCUCCGAGUUCUGAAACGUAAUCCUCAGCUGCACUACUACCAAGGAUACCAUGACAUUGUUGUCACCUUUUUAUUGGUUGUGAAAGAGCGCCUUGCAACUGCUCUUGUGGAAAAACUCUCCACACAUCACCUCAGGGACUUCAUGGAUCCUACGAUGGACAAUACAAAACACAUUCUUAACUAUUUGAUGCCUAUUAUUGCUAGGGUCAACCCCGAAGUGCAUGACUUCAUGCAACAGGCGGAGGUCGGCACAGUCUUUGCUCUGAGUUGGCUGAUCACCUGGUUUGGCCACGUGCUUUCAGAUUUCCGCCAUGUUGUCCGGUUGUAUGACUUCUUCUUGGCCUGCCAUCCAUUGAUGCCCAUCUACUUUGCUGCUGUGAUUGUCCUACACAGAGAAGAGGAGGUGCUGGAGUGUGAAUGCGAUAUGGCCAUGGUUCAUCACCUGCUGUCUCAGAUUCCACAGGAUCUGCCAUAUGAGACACUCAUCAGCCGAGCUGGAGACCUCUUUGUCCAGUUCCCUCCCUCUGAACUGGCUAGAGAGGCUGCCACACAUGAAAGCAUGGCAACUUCUACCUUUAAGGACUUCGACCUUGCCUCUACUCAGCAGCGACCAGACUCUGUUCUACGUCGCCGACGCAGACAGAAACAAGCUGAACUGGAAAGCUCCGCUGCUAACUCGGUAGUGGCUCAACCUUCAGCAGCACGGCGGUUUGUUCGAUUGGCUGUCAUGGGUCUGACAGUCGCUUUAGGGGCGGCAGCCCUUGCUGUUGUCAACACUGCCCUGGAGUGGGCCCCCAAACUGGACUUGUUUCCUUGAUCUACUACUGUUUUUCCCUUAUGCUCCAGCUAUCUGUCCUUGACUGAAUCUACCUGGUGGGUCUGUUUACAAGAACCCUUUAAUAAAUUAAUUAAACCAGAAACCAUGCAGUCAGUGACACUGUUGGGAGCGUACAGUACUCUCUGAACCAGGUAACACUCGUCUUUUGUCCUCUAGGAUGUGUCUAAACAUCCUUUGUAGGUUACUUUUUGACCUCUGAAGAGCCACAUUAGUGUGAUGACAACAGCUGUUGGUGUUCUAAAAUGAAGAAUCCAUCUGGCUAUAAGGGUGAGAAUGUACUUCCAAGAACUAAUACAGAUGGUGUUGUCAUGAAAGUUUAUUUAUAUUUGGUAUUAGAAUAAUCUGAUAUUGAGUUACACUGACAGAUUUAUGCUGAAAGCUCGGUGAACUCACUAUGCUUUAAACUGCUGCCAAUCAAGAGAGGUGGAGUGAAUGUAUGAGGGUGUGUGUGUGUGUGUGUGCGUGCGCUUACGUGACUUAUGGUUGUAACCCAUUUGUUAUCUUUUUGAUACCUGGACCAAAUUGAGGAUUGCUAGAAUCUUCUCUUUGUACAAUUUAGUGUUUGUUUUAUUUCUGGGUAUGCAAGCAACUGUAUAAACACACUGUCAGUACAAGCAGGCGUUUGAAUAAGCCUUUUUAGUUAAGCAAAAAGUCUAUUCUUUUCUCGGUCUAAGUAUCUUUGAAACAUGCAGUUGUCAGCUUUGACUACAGAUUUUAAUUCUGGCUCGUGGUUGGGAUCAUUUAAAUUUAUCUGAAAGAUUUACGGAAUAUUAUUGAUGUUAUCAAAGUAAUUGUAUUGAAGUCUGCUUAUUUUAUAUUUCAAAACUUAAAUCUGAGAAUUAGGCCCCAGAAUUGAGUACAGCUUUCAUGGUCGACAAAGUUAAAAAAAAAAAAAAAAGUACCAUCUAGAAAGCGUUUUGCUAGAGCCUUCCAAUUACUUUCUUCAAUGUCUGGUUGCACAACCAUAAAAAUCUGUCUGUUUCAUGGCCCUAAAUAUCUAGGUUAUAUUUUCUGCAUCACUUUUUCUGAAGAAGAUGAUAAAAUCUCCUUAUAGCCGAGCAAUACGCUCAGUCACUCACUCACCCGAUGCCUGUUAACGGAAUAUAAGAGUAGCAAGUAAAAUGAAGUAGAUUCCAUAGUCUUUGUGUUUGCACAGUGGGGGACCCAGUUUGCACUGAAAGCAUUAGUUUGGCAAAAUCACUUUAAAAUGAGUUUGACAGGUGCUUUGCUCACUCCGACUGUAAAGCGUGCACCUGUCAAAUGAAUGCAAUCCAGUGAUUUGUCCUAAACUUGACUUAAGUGUGUUUAUUUGAAGACAUGCCGUUUGGUAAGUUUGAUUGCUGUAAGUGUAGCAUUUACAUUUCAGGGUCACUCUGGAUCAUUCCUAUGUUUCAGUCACUUUCAUUCAAUCAAGUUUCAGUGGGAUGGCACCUGAAUAGUCAACUCUUUAAAACAAAAAACAUAGCACAUAGUUUGCCAGAACACUUAGUUCUAAUUUAAUUUGGUUCAUCUGUGAUCUUCAAGAUGUAUUUUUGCUUUACACUUCUAGGCCAUCUACUCUGUAUGGCACAACAACCAGUAGAUUACAUAAAUCCUUUGACUUCAGUUGAAGAGAGAGAGGAUGAGAGAAACUGUUUGUGCUAUAGUAGGAACAGACUACUGGAGGAUCCCAUCAUUAUAGUUGAUUGGUUUAUUGUCUCUGUAGUGACCCACUGAUUCAGUUUGUAAGGAAUCUACAAAAAGAAGGUGAUCUGGAACAUGUCCGAGGAUGCUCUGAGGUGCCUGAGAGUAUAGUUGUUUAUCAGUAUGGUAAUGCACCAUGUAUAUGCACUCAGCAGUUUUCUUUUCAUUGCACUAAAUGAUUUAUCUGCCUUUUAUGUUUAUUUUAUUGCAGUUAAUCUGUCAUACUGUCAUACUAAUGUAAAGAUGUAAAAGAGAAUGCUAAUAAACUAGAGUGAAAAUAUUCAUUGUAUUUGGACACAGUAGACUUGCAUUAAGAAUUGCACAAUAGAUCUUGCUACUAUUACAGCCUGAACCUAAAAUUGAUCACACAAGGAGUUAAUAGGAGCUCAAUUAAGUCAACACAAAGUGACUCAAUUUUAUUUACUCAAAAACAGUCUUUCCUCAGGGUACAUUGGUCAUUUUAGAAUCUCUUUAAUUGUGUUACAGCAAUGCAAGAAUUUCACGCUUGUGUUUGCUUCCAGUUUAUUGGUAUGUCACUUCAAUUCACAUGCCUGUGAAAUCUAUCAAAAUUCAUAGAUACAAAACAUAAAUUGCAUAUGUAAAUCUGUAACUUUGGUGAAACAAAUGCUUAAGAAGGACAGAUAAACACCCGAAUACCUGAGAGAAAUGCAGCAUCGUUAUUAGUCUACUGCGGAAUGCUUAAACUUGAACUUGAUGCUUCAAUGUUAUGUGACUCAGAGCAGCAUGUUUUUCAUAAUGAACACAUUCAUUUAAUGUAAACAACAUCCUUCACCACAGUCAAAUCUUGCUAUUAUAUCUGCUGUUAUAAUGCUAUGAAGCAAAACUGACAAACAUACACUGGUUACAAAGUCAUUUAUGAUGAAACAUUAUUGUCAAUUGUAGUUAAUUAGUUCUAGCCAUAG